AUGAAACACCAGAUGCUAACUCACGCCACACAUACACAGAGCAUUCUAUCACGCAACACCGAUGCUAACUCACGCCACACAUACACAGAGCAUUCUAUCACGCAACCACCCGAUGCUAACUCACGCCCAACAUACACAGAGCAUUCUAUCACGCAACCACCCGAUGCUAACUCACGCCACGCAUACACAGAAGCAUUCUAUCACGCAACCACCCGAUGCUAA